GAAAAGAGAAUGUAGCUUUUAAGAAAGGAAGGAAACAUGAACAGAAGCUUCUCUCUCAGAUUGACCACAAAAGAAGCAGAAUAAUCCCACAGAGAACUAGAUUCUUUCUUUCUUUCUUUAAGCUCUUUACGAAUCUUAAAGAUUGUCCGGCUAAAAGAGGAAAGAUGUUGUGUAGAAUGGUGGUCGUGACCGGCCGGAAGAAGAAAGCCGGUUCGGUUCCGGUUUACCUGAAUGUAUACGAUCUCACACCCAUCAAUGGCUACGCUUACUGGUUAGGACUUGGAGUCUACCACUCUGGUGUUGAAGUUCAUGGGGUUGAGUACGGUUUCGGAGCUCACGAGCAUUCCACAACAGGGAUCUUCGAGGUGGAACCGAAGCAGUGUCCAGGGUUCACAUUCAGGAAGUCUAUUUUGAUCGGAAGAACAGAUUUGGAUCCUGAGAAAGUCCGCGCCUUUAUGGAGAAGCUCUCUGAAGAGUACAGCGGAAACACUUACCAUCUCAUUACAAAGAACUGUAAUCACUUUUGCAACGACGUUUGUGUUCAGCUGACAAGGAGAUCCAUCCCUAGUUGGGUUAACCGUCUUGCUCGCUUUGGUUUGUUUUGCAACUGUGUUUUGCCUGCGGAGCUGAACGAGACGAAGGUGAGGCAGGUUAGAUCGAAAGAGGAGAAGGUUCCGGAAGCAGAAGAGAAGAAGCUUAGGAGCAGGUCGAGUAGAUUUCCACCUGGUCCCUCGCUAUCUUCGUCGGGGUCUUUGAACAGGAGCAGAAGAGGAGGAGGGGAAAGGAGAAGACAAUGUCUUCCUCCAUCACCACCUGUGAGUGCUUAGGUUUAGAUUCGCCUAGUAAAAUCUCUUACUCUUUCUUUUUUUUUUUUGUUUCGUAAUUUGAUUCGGGUUGUAAUGGUUUCAAGAAGUUGUGUGUACGUGAACAAGCAUUUUAUUGAUGGUAAUGGUUAUAAGAUCAUUACAUUACUUACAA